CAGUCUGCAGACGAAACUGGUGGAACAAGAAGCAAGGUUACUUUUUCCCAGCUCCAGUACCUCCUUUUUUAUAGAGACAGCUAUAAAUCACCAGAUAAAUUAGCUCAGAAAUGCUAACAAUAACUCAAGGUUUUAUAGUCCUGGUAAUUUUUUUGUUAAUUGUUGAGUUUUUCAGGCUGCGAAAAGCUUCCAAACAAUUCCCUCCUGGACCAACUCCUCUCCCACUGCUUGGAAACUUGGUGCACUUGAACUUCCAGUUUCAUCGGGAUCUUCUGAUGGAGCUGGCAAAAACUCAUGGUAACAUGUACACUCUGUGGUUCGGGUGGGUCCCGGUGGUGAUACUGAAUGGAUUUCAAGCAGUGAAGGAUGGCAUGACCACACACCCUGAAGAUGUUUCCGGGAGACUGGUGUCACCUUUCUUCAGAGCAUUGGCCAAAGGAAAAGGUAUUAUACUUGCAAGUGGUCGCUCCUGGAAGCAGCAGAGACGUUUUGGAAUAAUGACUCUGCGCAAUUUGGGAAUGGGGAAAAAAGGCCUGGAGCAUCGAGUGCAAGAGGAGGCCUCUCACCUGGUGGAGUUUUUUGUGAACCUAAAAGGAAGACCUGUGGAUCCUUCUUUCCCUCUUUUCCAUUCUAUUUCAAAUGUAAUUUGUGCUGUGGUUUUUGGAUAUCACUUCUCUGAUGAGGACAAAACCUUCCAUGAGUUGAUCUGUGCUACAGAGAAAAUAUUCAGGUUUGCAGGCAGCUUUGUUCAUCAGAUGUACGAAAUCCUGCCCUGGCUGCUGUGUCGCCUCCCUGGGCCUCAUAAAAAGGUGUUGGCUUGCUAUGAUGUCCUGAGUUCUUUCGCAAGGAGGGAGAUCAGAAGACAUGUAGAGAGAGGGAUACCAGCUGAACCACAGGAUUUCAUUGACUUUUACCUGGCUGAGAUUGAGAAAUCUAAAGAGGGGGCCAAGCCCAAGUAUGAUGAAGAGAAUUUGGUAUAUGUCAUAAAUGAUCUUUUCCUUGGUGGAUCAGAGACCUCAAGCACUACAUUAUACUGGGGACUGCUCUAUAUGGUGGUGAAUCCAGGCAUCCAAGCAAAAGUGCAGAAGGAGCUGGAUGCUGUUCUGGAUCCUUCCCAGUUAAUUUGUUAUGAGGAUCGGAGAAAACUGCCCUACACAAAUGCUGUGGUUCACGAGAUUCAGCGCUACAGCAACAUUGUCUUUGUUGGCGUCCCCAGAUUGUGUGUGAGGAACACAACACUACUGGGAUUCCCUCUCAAAAAGGGCACCAUUGUUAUACCAAAUAUAGCAUCUGUUCUGUACGACCCUGAGCAGUGGGAAACACCUCGACAGUUCAACCCUGGCCAUUUUCUGGAUAAAGAAGGAAACUUUAUACCUCGAGAAGCUUUCUUACCAUUCUCAGCAGGGCACCGGGUGUGUUUGGGGGAGCACUUAGCAAGGACCGAGCUCUUCAUUUUCUUUGCCAGCCUGCUGCGGGCGUUCACCUUCCGGCUCCCUGAGGGAGUGACAGAGAUCAACACCGAGCCCAUUUUUGGGGGCACACUGCAGCCUCACCCCUACAGGGUUUGUGCCAUUCCACGCUAGGCUGCAGCAGCCACAGACCAGCAUGAGACAGCCACGAAUUUACCUCCAUGAAUUUCCUCUCAAGUGUAUAAACUUCCUGGCUACUGAUAUUAGUCUAUCCCAGCAUUAUUCAGAAAGCGGGUUCAAGCCAAGAUCCAGACUAACAGUAUUUUUUGGUCUGGUCUUUGCGAAAGUCACAGAUAUUCUCACAGGGAUCUUGGCCGUAUUCACUUCUCUGAGAACACUUGAAGCCAGAUGCUGUGGCCCCCAGCCGAAGCCAUGCUGUGUCUCCUUGUCUUAGUCAAGCAAAAUCCUCAUUCUCAGUCCUGAGCAAUCCUCAGGAAAAUUCAACAGACUAUCUCAGCAAGAGCUAGAAGGUGUUAUUUCUGUGAGUGGCCUGAUGACCUCAAGUGAUUUGACUGCAGAAAGCACACUAUUAAAGCUUUGUUUUGGUUUUAUUUCCUGAACUUAUCCACUUAUUUUGUCAACAGGUUACAAAAAAACCCAAACAAAAAUAAAACUGUCACCUAAAUCCCAGGAAACACAUUAGAAUGCAGGUGCCUUCAUAUCUGAAUUUGACGUUGUCUCCCAUAUACUAGGUAAAAAGUUAUUCUGAAGUUGAAGAAAGAAACUUAAAUUUAGUAUUAACAAUCAAUGUGAAAGUGUGACUUUGCAGGCUGAUUAUAGUUAUAUUAUAUUGUCAAUUUUUUAGUUAGUUUUUUAUUGUUUAUUUUAUUUUAAUGAUGUGGAUUCCCACCCAUUUUCAAUCCUUCUUGGAUAAGGCAUUGAAUGUGAGAUGAGAGAGUCACUUUGCCUGUGGAUUUCACUGCUAACUCCAUGACAGAGGAAUGUAGAGGCUUUGGAAGGCAGCCUCUAGGGGCUACCUGAACACUUCAGAUAGUCUCCAUUUCCUCUGUGUCCUAUACUUUUUUCAUUAAAACCCACACCACACUUCCUGGUCUCCAUUCAACUUUCUUUUGCCCUCUUUCAGUUCCUGCUCCCACCCCUACCUUUUAUCCAUAUAAACUCUAUCUCAGGAUUCACCUUGAUGUGAGCUUCUCUCUGCUUUUUUUCUACACAAGUAUGAGUAGAGGAAUCCAUGCUGAGCUGAAACACCAGUGUGUUUUCAGAAGGGAACUUGGAAAAUAUCAUUUAUUUGUCCUUUUAGGGUCCAGAUUAUGGAAAGAAGUGCACAGUAAACUGUGGAGGGCACACUAGAGGUGAUUUAGUGUAAGAAAAGAAAUAAAUGAUGAUGUGAUGCAGGAAUUCUAAAAUAUCUGUUAUUUAAGGUAGCUGCUCCUUGGCACUGAUUCAACUCAAGAAUAGAAGGUUUGAGCACACAGCUGGAGGUGACAGCCAAGUUCAUCUGUAACUUUGUUAAAGUGAAGUGCUGGAGAGUUCUUGUAUGCGAAUUGCUUUUGGAAAGGAUUCAAAUGUUGGAGUUGAGUAGAGCUGCCUGUAAACACUACUGUAAACUUAGCAUCAGUUACUAUUGCGUUAUUACUUAGUUUGUAUUGAGGACCAAAAGUGCUUUUAUGUUGUAAGAUAAAGUAUUUAUAAUUAAAUCACUGUGGUACAUCUGAACUUUCUGAAUUUAAAAUGGAGGAGAAUGUUACUACAGAGAAGGAGGAACUGACCAGAUCCUGGCAUACCUUGUAGCUCUGGCAGUGGUCUGCGCCAGCACAACCCAGCACUGGCAGGCUUGCAGGGCUAGAAGGGAAAUGAGGGUAGUGAGAGCUUUCACAAAGCAACAGCUGUUAUAAAUAACCCAGCCUGUUGCUCCAUGCAACAUAUCAAAGAAUAUUCCAGGGCCUACACACUCCUGCUCAGCUUCCUUUCCAGCUUUAUCUGUGCUUCUCCUCCACCCUAUCAGCACACAUCUGCUCCUAUCCAAUAAACCUGUGUCUUGAUUUAAAAGACAUGUGUCUACCAAGGAAGGCAGGAACCUUCCUGGAAUGGAAAAAAUUACUCUUUCUCUCCACAUUAUUGUAACUUUGAAAUUAUGGGGCUUUCAGGCAAAGAUAUGUGGAAAGGAAUAACAGUUCUUGACUAGAAUGUCUAUAUUAUACUAAGAGAAACAAACAACAACAAUGGCAGCAACACCGAACAGAACCACAAACCCAGUCCCAGCCUGUCAUGGCAGCAGGUGCCCUCCCCUCGGUGCAGCUCUGCUCCUGGCCAGCAGGGGUGCUGCUGGCUCCUGGCCAGGCAGGGAAAAUUCCCCCGCGCCCACAGGGUUGUGGCUGUGGCGCGAGUGCGGCCACCUCUGCAUGUGGUGAUGGUGGCCGGAGAGAGGAGAGGGCUGCCCUUGCAAACCUCACAGCGAGACGCCGGCCUCUGGGCCACUCCGGAUGGGGAAACAGGCUGUAGCAGCAGAGAUGAGCAGACAUGGGGUGGCAAAGUGUAGCCAAAAGCCCUGGGGCGGUGGCAGGAGCAGCAGGGCUGCAGGCACAGGCUGGGAGUCAAGCUUAAGUGUAUCAAUAACCCCCAAAGCAGCGGCAAAAAAC